AUGGGAGUGGACUCACCAAAUUGUCAACAGCACUGUUUUUUCCUCGUAAUUUAUUGCCUGGAAUCCAAUUCAUGGUGGGAGCGUAGAGAUGCCUUAGAACUUAUCAGUAAUCAUUUGAAAGCUUCGACUUUACCGAAUGGACUUGUCAGUCAGGUGACUGAAGGACUAUACCAAGUGAUAUCACCGGGUACACAUUCAAUGUUGGUAAUUCAGGCAGCUGGUGUUCUACGUGAAUAA